UACGAUUAUCGCGGUGGUACCAUUCUUGUGUUCCAGUGCCGUUGUUACUAUAGGCGUUGCAAAAGAACCACCAUAAUCGCCUUCAGUAGGGAUUUAGUCUGUGGUAGCAGCGCCAUAUGUGAAAACAGCGACGUUUUUGAAUUAUUUCUAUGUACUUUCUGUACUGUUGUGUGAAUUUUUAUUUUUUGAACCAAUAUAAAGAGGUAGUUUUAUUGUAUUGAGCGACAUUAUUGUGAUUCGAAAAUGGCAUUUUCGAUUUUGAGGAAAGGACUAAAUUUGGGGAAGAGCUUGCAAAAGUUUGUAGUUUUAAAAAAGGCUGCAGAAAAUAUUAAAGUUGAGUCGGUGAAAAGCGGCGUAACUACUCUAACUUGUACAGGAUGUUAUUGCUCGCUAACACCAAAACUGGCCAAUUUUGAGGUAGCAAAUCGUGGAUUUAGUAGCAAACGCGACGCCAAGCACCAUCAUGAAAGGAAGUACCAAUCCUCGUCGGAAUCUGAUAGUGAUCUGGAAGAAUGGCUUGGUAAAAGAGGCAACAGCGAUUUCUGGAGAAGAAAAAUUCGCACUUUACACUCUAUUCUAGACCUAAACAAAGACGGAGUCGUAUCUUUUGACGAUUUCAAAAUUUUAGCUGACAGAUUUGUAGAUUUGGGCCAUUUGAGCGAAAAGCAUACAAAGGAAUUCUAUCAAGUUAUCCAGGAUCUAUGGGAAAAACAAUUUGGUGAAAUUUCCCCUUACAACUUCGUCACAGUGGAAAAUUUUCUUGAUAACAUGCAUCAUGUGAUAAAUGACAAGAGACUUGUAAGACGUGCUCAUUCCUUUUUACCAUACUUAUUUAAGGCUGUGGACAAAGAUAAGUCUGGUGAAAUAACCGUAGAGGAAUUUAAACUAUUCUUCGACGUCUUGGGACUGAAAGAUGAAGACGCUGUAUUAGCUUUUCGUGCAAUUGAUUCUAAUGGCAAUGGGAAAAUUACCAGCAAAGAAUUUGUCAAACAUGGAAGAGACUUUUUCGUUACCGAAGACGAAGAUAGGAUUUCUAAGUAUUUCUGGGGACCACUAGUUGAGCACUAGGAGCUUUAAUUCGUUUCAUAAGAUUUGAUUUUUAUAGUUUUUUUUUUUUAUUAUAUUGCCCUAUAUUAAGCAAGUUUGUUUAUGUGUUAUAAAUAUAAACAAUAGUUUAUUCUGUUUUUAAAACUAUAGUUUGAAAGAUUCUAGUUUAUAAUUGGUGAAGAUUUUUUUAAAUCGGUUUUCUAUAGUUUAAGUUAUCUUGUGAUAAAAUUGCUAUACAAUUUUGUAAUAAAGGUUGAA